CGCACGCCUAUGGUUUGUUAGGUAAGGUCAGUUACAUUAUAAAUAAUUUAAAACUAAAGAAUAAUUAAAAUUAAUUCACAUUAUUUUUAAUAUCACCUUAGUUUGAAAGUAUUUAUAAUGUAACUGACCUGACCUAAAUGACCAUUUUAGUUUACUGUUCACCCUCUGUCCGGGUUUGUUUGGUCAGGUCAGUUACAUUAUAAAUAUUUAAAAACUAAACAGCCAUUAAAAUUAAUUCACAAAAUAAUUUUUAAUGUCGGCUUAGUUUGAAAGUAUUAAUAAUGUAACUGACCUGACCUAAUCAACCAUUUUAUUAAUUACGCAUUCACGAUUCACGUAUUCACGAACACGGCAAAAUAACAAAAAUGGCGCCGCUCGAAUGGUUCCACAGGUCUUGUAUUGCAAAAUUAAAAAAUUCGAUAUCUCCUAAAGUAUUUGGAAUUUCUUAUCUCCGCCGCUUUUAAUGAAAAGAGGAAGUUGAAGAGCAUAUGAUAAAGACAGGUCAAAAAUGUCAUCUGUCGCAACGUUCGAGAAGCCAAUCAGACCUACGGUGCCCCCGGACUGGUUGGCCAACAUUCGAGAGCUGGGGCAGUCAUCCCAAAACCAGCAAGCCACAUCCUUCGAGCUUCGUCAUGGGGGCAGGCAGUUGCGCAACGAAACAGGAAUAAGGACUGAGUGGGACACCUACCACAAUGACUUACGUCUGGAAGACAGAGUGGCUGAGCUGAGCCGCUGGAAGACAGUCCUGCAGCAGUGCCUGGGAGCCAUCACGGACGAGAUUGUUCAGCUGAAGGAUGAGAAGGCAGAGACAGAGCGCAAGCUGGAAUCGAUGGCAACUGCUUUGAAUGUUGUGGCGGAAUGCCUGUCGCUGAGGGACUGUCGCCAGGGGACGGAUCGUGUGCAGGAUGAUGCGUAUUCAGAACUGAAGAAGGAGCUGACAGUGCUGGACUCGCUGAAGAACCUGCUGACCAACAAGUGCCACGCCGCGUGGGAGCAGCUCAACCGGCUGGAGGAGGUGGAGUUCAAGCUGCAGGUGGCCGUCGAGAACAAGGAGCGCGCCAUCUCGCUGGACGAGGAAAACCUGAAGCUGGACAAGAACUGCUCCGGCAUCAGCUACAAGCCGGACCCGCUCAGAAUACCUCCCAACUGCACCCCAUAUGAAACAUGGCUGGCCCAGUCUCAAGACGACAAGCUGAAAGCUGACAAUGAAAUAACAGCAUCUAAUAAACUGAGGGAGGUCCUGUAUGUGGCAAGGGAACGCUGCAGAAAUGACUUAAAAGCUCAGCAUGACUCAACAAAUUACAUGUUGAGGCGACGCAUCUAUGAAAUUCGGCGAGCCAAGAGUGAAUUAGAGUGGCAGAGGCACAAGACUAUCGAUGAAAUGAAGAAACUCAUGAAAGAAAUUGAGGAUCUGAAGGAAGCAUUGGAGGUGAAGACCAACUCGCUGAAGCUUGCAGAGACUCGACUGGAGAACCGCAUGUUUCGUUCGGGAGCAGAACUUGUCGAGGACGAAGGUCAGAUCAGCCUCAAGGAUGAAGUGCUGCACUUGCGGCAAACGAGGCAGGAUCUCAUCGACAAGAUCUCAGCUGCAAAGGGAACAUACAACUCGCUAGAAAACGUGGUGGUCCGACUAGAUGCUGACCUGGCUAACAAGAACCACGCCCUCCUAACGGACGAGCACUGCCUGGAUAUUCGCGAGCGGUUGCACGCUAAGGAGCAGGAGACGUCUGCCACGCAGACGGACCGUAACAUUGAGCUCAGUCGCAUGGAACACGCUAUUCCCAAAAGUUAACUUUCAUUCUUCUCUCUUAGUCUGCAGUGAAUUUGGCUGUUUUACACCAUUAUUAUUAUAAAUGUACACUCACCUUCAGAUUGUAACUUUGUAUUUGAUGUUGUUUUCAACUUUUAUAUUUUAGUGGUCUAAUAAAACUUUGUAUUGUUUA